AUACAGACAUGUCAUAAUAGUUUGUAGGUGCAUCGGAAAAUUCUCCUAGAAACAAUUAUUAGAUGGAUUUAGAAACUAUAUAGCGAAGAAAAUAUAUCCAAAAUAUAAACAAUGACGGACUGUGAGAAAGAAGAAGCAACAAAUUUGCAAAAGGAAUUCGAAUGGGUAUUAAAUCAAGAGGUUCAUAAAGGUCUCGAACAAAUUCAUCAAAUACUUGUGGAAUGUGCUAGGAGGUUUCCAGUUGCUUUAUAUGGACAUGAUAAUUCUUCAAAACAGGACAAAUUUGUUUUGUCAGUGCCUGCUGACCAAUUAAAAUGUGUAGUCACACUAACAGGAGAUAGCAUUACACAUGCAGAUAUUAAUUUUAAAGUUGUAAGACAGACAAAUACCACAAUGGUACGCACAACCAUUCAAAGUGAAUACCCAUGGAAACUGCAACAAGUGCAAGAUGCAGCAAAUCAUUUGCAACAGGCUAUAUAUCAUAUAGAUGAUGUAGGAAAGAACUACAAAUUCAAAUCUUCAGACGAAGUCCUUCACGUAUUAGGAAAUAUAUUAGGUAGCUUGCAGAGGGGAAGAACAAGUUUAAUAGUACCUAGAAAGAAGACAAUAUAUGAUCUACUUAAGAGCCGCAAUAUGAAAUCGCUUGCGCCGCCUUUAGCAGAAGAUCUAGCAAUAAGUUUUUAUAUCCAAAGCCACAAAUUGGUAUUUGUUAUGUACCAUUUGAUGAACAAUCAGGGCGUUAUGACGCCUGACUCUACUCCUGCCGAGUGUUCAGUACCUUGGUUAAACGAAGUAUUAGUACUCUUUACUGUUGGAUUGCAGCUAUGCCAACAACUAAAAGAUAAGAUCUGUGUUUUUUCUCAGUAUAAAGAUUUUACCGUAGGCUCCAGACCCACUAGUCCCGUACCAAGUUAGACUCACAAAUCGAAUAAUUUAUUGAGAAUUUAUUUAAUAUUAUAAUAAUUAUUGAUAUUGUCAAUUUCUUGUUGUUGGUUUGACAAAUGUAUAUAUUGUAGGUGUUAAUAAAUGUAAGUAUUGUUGA